GAUCCUGGCCUUUUUGCAAUAAUUGGAGCUGCCUCAUAUUUCUGUGGGGUAUCUAGACUGACAAUCUCGCUCACUGCUAUCAUGGUGGAACUAACCAAUGAUGUGCAGUCAUUACUGCCAAUGAUGGUAGCUGUUAUGGUGGCUAGGAUGACUGGGGACUUGUUCAGCCACUCGUUGUACAGUUCUUUACUGAAACAAAAAUGUAUUCCGUUCCUGGAGCCAGAACCGUGUGUCUUGUACCAGAACAAGCCGUUGAAUUUAGAAUUAUUCACAGUGAAAGAUGUCAUGGAACGCCAAGUAAAGGUCCUCCAUCUGAGGGAAAAGGUCUCUUCCCUGGCUACACUUCUCUUGGAGACAAAACAUGGUGGAUUCCCUGUGAUUUAUCACAUGGAACAAGCCCAUGAGGAAGUCUUCAUAGGAAGCAUCACCAGAUUAGAACUUUAUCGAAUCUUGGAAAAUGAAACACUAUUUGAAACGCAAAAUGAUCGGAGUUGCAAGCAACAUUCUCAGAUAAGCUACAGUGAGAUGUCUGUCAAGCUGCUAAACUCAACUAAGAUAAAUCUUCUCCUGAAUGAGUAUAGAACUGACAUUCGAUAUAAGGACUGCUAUGUCAAUUUGAAACCAUAUAUCAACCAAUCAGCAAUGACAGUCCACGCUAAUUUUUCUCUUCAACGAACUUACACCAUUUUUCGAACACUGGGACUUCGACACUUGACCAUUGUUGACUUGAGAAAUCAUGUCCUUGGCAUCAUUACACGAAAAGAUCUGAUGGCAUUCCAACUUGAACAGAAGCUACUUCGAUCUGAGAAUUUGGAAUUAGAACAUAGAACAUAGAACGUUACAGCACAGUACAGGCCCUUCGGCCCUCGAUGUUGUGCCGAUCUGUCAUACGGAUCUCAAGCCCAUCUAAC